UCAAUUUUGAAGUAUCUUUAAACUUUUAACUAAGACAUCAUGAAGGUGAUAGCAGCUUAUUUGUUGGCUCAAUUGGGUGGAAAUUCUAACCCAUCAGCUAAUGAUUUGAAGAAAAUUUUGAAUUCUGUUGGUGCUGAAAUUGAUGAUGUGAAAAUUGAACUAUUAUUGUCACAAGUUGAAGGCAAAGUUAUUAAUGAGUUAAUUGCUGCUGGUAAACAAAGAUUGGCUUCUACUACUUGUAUGUCUUUUGGAUGUACAAAUAAUAAUAAUAAUAAUGCCAGUGCUGGUGAACAAGUUAUUGAUGUUGUUGAAGAGAAAAAAGAGGAAAAGAAGGUUGAGAAAGUGGAAGAGUCUGAUGAAGAAGAUUUUAAUUUUAGUCUCUUUGAUUAGAAGUUUUUAGUUUGAUUUUUUAUUGUUAUUUUUAUGGAGUAUUGUUUUGAUUAUGUUCUUUUAGGUUUAAAGUUUUGUUGUUUUCUUUUAAUACAGGUUUAGUAUGUUUGUAGUUAAUUAUCUUUGCUUCUUCAA